CCCCCCCCUCCAGCGCUCCCCCACUGACUGUCCUUCUCACCCUGGCAGGCUGCAGAGCCCACCCGGCUCACUCAUGGCUGCGGCAGAGCCCGCUCGGGGAAGGGACUCUCAGCGAGCUGCGGAAGGAUGCUCUGUCCCCCUGCUGGACCCGGCGUCCUGGGUGGAAGGGGAGAACGUGUGGGUGCUGGAGCUGCAGCCCUACGGCGAUCCCAGUGCAGGUGACGAAGCGGUAAAGCUGGAGCCGCAGGGGCCGUUCCUGAGAAGCUCUGUGAAGGCUGUAAAGCAGGAGACGCCGAAGCCAGGCGUAGCAGGGAUGCCGGAGCCGGAGCCGGAGGGGCCGUUCCUGAGAAGCUCUGUGAGGGCUUUAAAGCAGGAGAUGCCCGAGCCAGGCAUAGGAGGGAUGCCAGAGCCGGAGGGGCGGUUCCUGAGAAGUGCUGUGAGGGCUGUAAAGCAGGAGAUGCAAGAGCCAGGCGUAGCAGGGAUGCUGGAACCGAAGGGGCCAUUCCUGAGAAGCACAGUGAGGGCUGUAAAGCGGGAGACAUUGGAGCCAGAGGGGCCGUUCCUGAGAAGCUCUGUGAGGGCUUUAAAGCAGGAGAUGCCCAAGCCAGGCAUAGCAGGGAUGCCGGAGCCGGAGGGGCCGUUCCUGAGAAGUGCUGUGAGGGCUGUAAAGCAGGAGAUGCCCAAGCCAGGCAUAGCAGGGAUGCUGGAGCCAGAGGGGCCGUUCCUGAGAAGCACUGGAGAGAACAUUCCCUGGAUCCCGGAGCAGGGCAGAGCUGGCGGGAGCCAGCACCGGGCAGAGAGGAGGAACACUCCACGGAGGAGGCAGGGUAAGAACAGCUGCUAUGACCCUCUGCCGGGGAGGCAAGGGGGCAGCCCCCUGCGGGACAUCACUGUGCCCCAGAGCGCAGUUGCAGGGGGGCCACCCCACACGUGUGCCACCUGCGGAAAGAGUUUCAGCCGCCGCUCCAAGCUGAGCUCCCACCAGAGGAACCACACUGGAGAUAAACCCCACAGCUGUGGGGACUGUGGGAAGGGCUUCCUGUGGCGCUCGGACCUGCUCCGGCACCAGCUCAUGCACACGGGGGAGCGUCCCCACCACUGCUCCCAGUGUGGCCGUGGCUUCAGCCGGGCCUCGCGGCUUCUGCAGCAUCAGAGUGUCCACAUGGAAGCCAGCCAUGGAACAGAGGGCAGCCCAGUGCCAAGUGUGCUGCAGGGAGUACACGGGGAACCUGGCCAUGGAGUGGGGCGGACCCCGGGGCUGAGAGAGGGCCAGAGAGUCCACGUGGAGCCUGGUCAUGGAGUGGGACGGAGCCCAGGGCUGAAUGUGGGCCAGGGAGUCUACGUGGAGCCCGGCCACGGUGUGGGGCAGAGCCCGGGGCUGAAUGAGGGGCUGGGAGUCCACGCAGAGCCCGACCAUGGAGUGGAGCGGAGCCCAGGGAUGAAUGAGAGCCAGGGAGUCCACUCAGAGCCCGACCAUGGAGUGGGGUGGAGCCCGAGGCUGAGUGAGGGGCAAGGAGUCCACGUGGAGCCUGGCCAUGGAGUGGGGCGGAGCCUGGAGCUGAGUGAGGUGCAGGGAGUCCAUGCGGAGCCUGGCCACGGAGUGGGGCAGAGCCUGGGGCUGAGUGAGGGGCAGGGAGUCCACGUGGAGCCUGGCAAUGGAACAGAGAGGACCUGGGCUCUGAGUACGCUGCAGAGAAGCCAUACAGAGCCUGCCCAUGGAGGGGAGGGCAAUGUGGCACAGAGCCCAACUUUGUUUGCACUGCAGGGAGUCCAUGGAGAGCCCUGUCAUGGAGCGGGGUGGAGCCCGGUGCUCACUACACUGCAGGGCAUCCACGCAGAGCCUGGCCACAGAGUGGGGCGGAGCCUGGGGCUGCAUGAGGGGCUGGGAGUCCAUGCAGAGCCAGCCCACAGAGUGGGGCGGAGCCCGGGGCUGAGUGAGGGGCAGGGAGUCCACGUAGAGCCUGGCCAUGGAGUGGGGCACAGCCCGGGGCUGAGUGAGGGGCAGAGAGUCCAUGUGGAGCCCAGCAAUGGAUCAGAGAGGACCUGGGCUCUGACUACGCUGCAAGGAGUCCAUGCAGAGCCCUGCCACGGGGCGGGGUGGAGCCCAGUGCUGACUACACUGCAGAGAAGCCACGCGGAGCCUGCCCAUGGAGGGGAGGGCAAUGUGGCACAGAGCCCAACCUUGUUUGCACUUCAGGGAGUCCACGGAGAACCUUGCCAUGGAGCGGGGUGGAGCCCGGUGCUCACUACACUGCAGGGCAUCCACGCAGAGCCGGGCCACGGAGUGGGCUGGAGCCCGGUACUCACUACACUGCAGGGCGUCCACGGAGAGCCAGGCCAUGGAGCAAGGUGGAGCCCAGUGCUAACUACACUGCAGGGCGUCCAUGUGGAACCCUGCCAUGGAGCAGGGUGGAGCCCGGUGCUCACUACGCUGCAGGGCGUUCAUGCAGAGCCAGGCCACGGACCGGGGUGGACCCCAAUGCUCACUACACUGCAGGGUGUCCACGCAGAGCCAGGCCACGGAGCAGGGUGGAGCCCCAUGCUCACUACGCUGCAGGGAGUCCACGUGGAGCCCUGCCAUGGACAAGAAUGGAGCCCAGCCCUGAAUGCAUUGCAGGGCAUCCAUGGGGAGCCCAGCCACAGCCCAGAAGGGAACCCGGCACUGAUUGCCUUGCAGAGGGUGCACGCGGAGCCCUGGCACGGGGCAGAGGGUAAUGUGGCACAAUGCCCAACUGUGUUUGCACUGCAGAGAAUUCAUGCAGAGCCCUGCUACGGCACUGAGGGACCCGCGGCCCAGAGCCUGGAACUGAUUGUGCUGCAGAGAGUCCACGGGGAGCCCUGCCAUGGAGCAGAGGGGAGCUCAGCCCUGAUUACCCUGCAGGGAGUCCAUGGGGAGCCCUGCCACGGCACCGAGCAGAGCCUGGCACUGCAUGCAGUGCAGACAGUCCACGGGGAGCCCUGCCACGGCACCGAGCAGAGCCCGGCACUGAGUGCAGUGCAGACAGUCCACAGGGAGCCCUGCCACGGAGCAGAGAGUCCCAUGGCCCAGAGCCUGGCGCUGGCUGCGCUGCAGAGUCUUCAGGCCGGAGAGGCUCAAUGUGUCAUCACUGAGCAAGGGGGAGGCCUGGCUGAGACCCCCCCAUCUCCCGUGGCCUUGGUGCAGGAGAAUCUCUUCCAAUGUCCCGAGUGCCAAAAGUGCUUCAGCCGCAGCUCGUACCUGGUGAAGCACCGCCGGAUCCACGGGGCGGGGAAGCCCCACCAGUGCCCCCAGUGUGGCAAGUGCUUCAGCCAGCGCUCGUACCUCUGCAAGCACCGCCGCAUCCAUGCCGUGGCAGCCGGCAAACCCCACGAGUGUGCGCUGUGCGGCAAGCGCUUCAGCCUUCGGUCCUACCUCUGCAAACACCGCCGCAUCCACACAAGAUAGAGCCGGUCCCCGGGCCCUGCACAGGCUGUGCACAGCACUGGAGCCAAGGGGACGCCGCCCCGUACCCACAGAGCCAUGGUACAAACAGCCCACGGAGCAUGCCAGCAGAGCCCAUGGCACACUAGCGCUACCGGCGGAGCUGGCAGGCUCCUCUCUCCGGCACGCGGUGGGAAAGGGAGCGCUGGGUGAGGCUGGGGCCUUGUGGGAGUGGCUGGUGGGAACAGAGGGGGGAACUUUCUGUGCCAUGUUCUGUAGUGUUUUCUGUCAAUAAACAGUUUCGAAGAGGGGGAAAUGCUCCCUUGUAAA